CCCGGCAGGAUGGCUCCUGCGAAGAAAGGUGGAGAGAAAAGGAAAGGACAUUCUGCCAUCAAUGAGGUGGUGACCAGGGAGUGUACCAUCAACAUUUACAAGAGGAUUCAUGGAGUAGGCUUCACAAAGCGAGCUCCUUGGGCUCUAAAGGAAAUCUGCAAAUUUGCCAUGAAAGAAAUGGGAACUCCAGAUGUACACAUUGACACCAGACCCAACAAAACUGUUUGGGCCAAAGGAAUAAGGAGUGUCCCAUACCGCAUCCGAGUGUGUUUGUCCAGAAAACGCAAUGAAGAUGAAGAUUCACUAAACAAGCUGUAUACCUUGGUUACUUAUGUACCUGUCACCACUUUCAAAAGCCUACAGACAGUCAAUAUGGAUGAAAACUAA